ACACUGUGAUAAUAAUAAUAAUAAUAAUAAUAAUGAUGUGUGAAGAAACAACAACCAGCCGUGUACAACAACAGAUAUUGACAUUUAAACAUUGUGCCAAUGAUAAUCGUAUUUUUUGUUUUAAUAUACCUGAUCAAUGUCCAUUGUGUGAGAAAGAAAUUCACCAUCAUCAGCGUAAUGUUGUGGACACGGAUGGAUUCGAUGAUGAUGAUGAUGAUCAUUCAAUCAUCAAAGAGAUUAAAUCAUUGCCAAAUCCAUUGAAAGCGGCUAAUAAAUCAAAAUGUGCAUUGGCUAUUCGUCCAACUAAAGGAGAUUUUCUAAGUGAUGAUUAUAAAAAUACAUCUGAUCUACAUAUUUGUCUUACAAUGUCGGAUGGAAAAAUUGUUGAAUUUGAUGAUAAAGGCGUUAGAAUUAGCCAUGAUGAAUUGGAAGAAAAUCAAUGGCAAUCAUGUUUGAUUAUAAAUAUGUUUGAUUAUGUAUCGACAAAAAUGCACAAUCAUUGGGAUCAAAAACUUUGUGAAUUCAUCGCUAACGAUAGAUGGGCUAAAUCUGAAUAUCAUUCUAUUGAUAAUAAUUGUUUUGAUUUUGUAUUGGAAUUUCUACGUUCAUUGAAUAUGAAACAAUUUGAAUCAUCAAUAGAGAGUAAAACAAAAUUCUGUGAAACAUUUAUAGUUCCUAGAACCAAAUUAUUGGCUCGUUAUAUUUCAUUAUUUCGUAAAAUAAGAUCCGAUGGUUUUGUUAUACUUGGAAUGAAUAAAUGAUGAUGAUGAUGAUGAUUUUAAUAAAAAUUUUUUUUUAUGAAAAAGUUUUUAAAUACAUUGCUACCUCGG